GGACAGCCCCUAUCAGGCCACAUACUUCCUUGCACUUCCGCCCUCGGAGGGAAGUGACAUUCUUCUGGCCUGGCCCCGGGUAGGAAGCCCCAGGCCCCCGAGAUACUGACCCCCACCCAGGUGGGUUCCGGUGUCCUGGGACAGAGGCCCACAGUGGUGGGCGGGUUCCCUGUGUGGGCUUCCUGUCUGCAGCCACAGGGUGGGACAUCUGGGGGAUAGUGCCAGCCAGACGCCGGCCCUGUCACGUGACCAAACCACGGGCUCCUGGCGAGGAGCGGUUUCUGUUUCCCUUACGGUGGGGCCCAGAGCACUGACGGACGGAGAGCACAGGGAGGCAAGGUGAGACCCCCGGUCGGCAGGCCCAGGCAGGCAGCAUGGCCCCCCACAACAUGUCCUGGGUGCACUACCCCAGCCUCGUGUCGGGGGCACUGGAGGAGGUGAUCUCGGCGCAGAGCGUGGCGGCACGCGCCCUGCAGGUCUACGCGGGGCUGUGCCUGCCGUUGGCGCUGACCACCGGGCUCUUUAAUCUGGUCGUGCUCCUGCGUGGCCGCCGAGCCCAGCCAGGUGGCCUGGACACCUGCCUGUUGGACCUUGUGGCCACCCAGCUGCUGGGUGCACUGCUGUCUCUCUCGGCGCUGAGCCGGCCCGGCUACCUGGCCACCACACACCUGGGCUGCGCGGCCCUGAGCUUCCUGGGCAACCUGUGCUCCCUCAACGCACAGCUGCUGCCGGCGGCCAUGCUCUUCCUCUUCCUGCCACCUGGCCCUGCCUGCUGGUUGCCCCUGGCUGCAAGGGGGGCACGCAGGCCCACAGUGGGGCUGGCAGCCCUGGGCACCUACGCCCUGGCUGGCUCCCUGGGGCUGGCGGCUCUGUUGGGUAUGGCCGGGCAGCUGGGCCAGCCCACCCUGUGCCAGCUGGACCCGCUGACCGCCUGGCCCGAGUAUGAGUUCACCAAGCUCGGCCUGGGCCUGGGCGUGGGCCUGGGCCUAGAGCUGGCCUUCUGUGGGCUGCUGGUCGCCCGGUGGGUCCGAGGGGAGCCCCGGCCACAGGAGGACCCGGCCUCAGCCUGCCAGCUGGUGUAUACCUUGGUGCUGACCUCGACCACCUGCCGGCUGCCCUACAGUAUGGCGCUGCUGCAGCGGGGGCUGCAGAAGCUUCGGGGGGAGCUGGGCUCACCUCGGGACGAAUUGCUGCUGAACCUGGCAGAGUUGCUGCUCUUUGCAGAGGCAGCGGCCGUGGGCCUCUUGGUGCUGCUGCUGCACCCGCCCUGCAAGGCCGCUCUGCUCCAGCUGCUCCCCUGCACCUGCCCCUGUUCCUGUCCGCGCCAGGACCCAGACAGCACCCUGGCCCUGGGCGAGAGCCUUGGCCAGACAGCGGGGGACACUCAGGGGCCGGGGAACAGUUCCGUGACCAGAGGACACUCCCAAGACUAGGGGACAGUCCUAUGACCAGACGACAUUCCCAGGACCAGGGGACACUCUGGGACCAGAGGAUACUGCCAGGAUCAAGGGACACUCUGGGACCAGGAGACACUCCUGUGACCAGCAGACACCCUGUCUCCCUUCUCCCUGGAUGCUGCCUAUUCACUGGCCCAGACAGGAGGGUCUCUGCAAGGCAAGGACAGCUCACGGGGGCCUAAGGACCCCAGCAAACAAGGGGGCUGCUCAGCUGUGGGCAGGAUGUAGGCCCAAGAUACAGAGUCCAUGUGUGACAAGGUCUGCACAGCCAGCCCCAGGGGGCCCACAGAUGGCAGCACCCACCUGGGGCCUCACCCCAGGGCUUCACUGGCAAGUCACUUAGGAGCUUUCUUAUUCAGAGACACAGAGAUGGAGAGAUGCCACAGAGCUACCAUGCUGGCCCGCCCUUCAGUGUUCUGUUUCUUAAAACAACUUUUGGGGGUCGGGCAGUAGUGCAGUGAAUUAAUAGCGGGUUAAGUACACAUGGCGCAAAGUGCAAGGACCAGUGUAAAGAUCCCGGUUCAAGCCCCCGGCUCCCCAUUUGCAGGGGGGUCACUUCACAAGCAAUGAAGCAGGUCUGCAGGUGUCUAUCUUCUCUCCACUUUUCUGUCUUCCUCUCCUCUCUCCAUUUCUCUCUGUACUAUCCAACAACAAUGAUGACAUCAAUAACAAUAAUAACAACGAUAAUCAACAAGGGCAACAAAAUGGAAAAAAUGGCCUCCAGGAGCAGUGGAUUUGUAGUGCAGACACCAAGCCCCAGCGAUAACCCUGGAGGAAAAUAAUAAUAAUUAAAAAAGAAAGAAAGAAAGAAAGAAAAAAAACUGACUUUUGGGGAGGUGGAGGCCACAGCAUUGCAGUGAAAGGACAGAUGUUCCCCACCCUUCCCCCAGUGUAAGGGAUGCCCCCUGAGCCACAGACCCCCCCUAGUGCAGGGGACACCCCUCUCAGCCACAGACCCCCCAGUGCAGGGGACGCCCCCCCCCAGAGCCACAUGUCCCCCAGUGCAAGGGACGACGCCCCCCCCCAGAGCCACAGAUCCCACAGUGCAGGGAACACCCCCCAGAGCCACAGGUCCCCCAAUACAGGAGACACCCCCCCAAGAGUCACAGGCCCCCCAGUGCAGGAGAUGCCCCCUCUAGAGCCACAGACCUCCCAGUGCAGGGGAUGCCCCCCGCCCCCGGGCCACAGAGCCAUGUCAACUCAGCCAAGCCCACAUCGGGUCACUGGGUGCUGUGCUGACCAGUGUGUGGCCUGCUGCAGGGGUCACAUGGGGUGUCUGCCUGAACCUGCUCCAAGGUCCACAGCUUUGCCCAUGUCCCUGUCGUCCCUGUCCCCGCAUUCCUGUCCCUGCCCCCGGAACUGGCUGCCUGCCCUGGGGGCCCAAUAAAGCACUUACUCUCCUCAGUCUCCCUCCUUCCUCUGUUCAUGUCCAUCAUGGGGCGAGGGGCCGCAGAGGGUGGUUUUGACCAAGGGAAGAGUCUCAGGGGGAGAGGGAAGAGGGGUCCUAGGAUGGGGAGGGGUCCCAGGAGGAGGAGGUGUCUCAGGAGGGGAAGGAGUGCCAGGAGGAGGAGGGGUCCUGGGAGGGGAGGGGCAGAUUAUCUGCUAGGGGAGGAGAAGCUAGUGAGAGGUCAGGAGCCAGCACCCCCCAGCUCAGUUGUGCCCAGGUGGAGCAGAGACACUGUACCCACUGUGUCCACAUCAGGGACAGACCCACAGGCAGGGCUCCACAUCUGAGUGGCAGAAUGUCCGGCAGGAAAUGGUUAAG